AUGAAGAUAACAAUGAAGAACGUCUACGACUUCGUCGAUAUUGGGAAGAAUGUGCUAACAAAAGUAUUCAAUUACGUGUCUUUUGAGGAGAAAGAGAAUGCAACUGUUCACCACCGUCCGAUCAUGAUUCCGGCGAAAAAGACGACGACAACACUGAGACGAUUUCGCAGAGGAUUAAAAGAGAGUUCCCGAACCAUCAUGACUUUGGCCGAACAAGCUUUGAAAAUUUCGUCAAAACUUUGA